AACACAGGAAUUCGGCGUCCUAAAGCUUUCGUGAAGUGUUUUGUGCCGUAAGAUUUAUGGCGAAACGAGCCUAAGUUUCAAUAAAAUGUUGGUAUCAAUUUGAAUUCAAAUAAAAACAGACAUGGAAAUCAAAAGGCUUUUCCUGGUUAGCUUUUUUUGCUAUGUAUCGAAUUGUUUUGCAUUCAGAGGGUACAAGCACAGUUACAUAAGACACCCUUCAGAUGACGACGAAAUUACCCAUGGAUUUCAUUUAUCAAAGAGUUACCCAGCACAUCGGAUAAGAAAACAGAACAUUGAGUCAGAAAAUCCGUCAAAACGAGGAUUUCUGGCCAACCUAGCAACAUUGCUAAAUGACGCAGAUGUGUUGUCAAAGAAAAACAGUGGUAUAGCAAAGUCGGCCAUUACACCUCUGUCAUUGGCAAAAUCUGAGCCGACUGAUCGUCCAUCGCCAAAAGUAACAACGGAGAAUUCCGUAGCAAGGUCUCUAACAGAAAGACACGGGGCUGACAAAAAUGAGCCCACGCCAUCGGCUGGUUCAGUUGAAAGUACUCUAAAAAUAGAGGGAAAAGACUCAGCACCGAUUUUCGCGCUCUUUCACGGCAAAAUUGUGCCACUAGGGAAACUUCCUGAUUCAUCAUUUAAGAAGAGCCAUACAGAGACACGAUAUGACGAAAACAAAAGCAAAGAGGUUUCAGAAAAAUUGGAAAAUCACAAGUCAGAUGGUGUGGAGAAAGGCGAGGCAAAGAGCGAAGUGCGUGUGGCAGAGAAGAAACAACAUACAUCGAGUGCUGAAGAGAACGAGAAAAAGGACAAGUCUAAAUCACUCUCACCAUUACAGCUCAGCAGGCUCUCUUCAUACUUUCAUAACUUAGAUUCGAAGAACAAGGCUGAUACAGAGACAAGGAUGGUCAAAUCACGAAUCAAGGAUGUCACUGGUACAGCGAAGGAUGAAGUGCCAGAAAUAAUGCCAGCGAUUAGGAACUCUGAGUUUCUCAAGCACGUUAAAGGAAUCGUUCUAGAUGAUGGAAAAAUGGUGAGCUUCAAAGGAAAGCAAGCAGAAGUAGAGAAUGAACAAGCAGGAGAAAGCGAAAAGACGGAAGAUGCUGCCCAGAGAUCUGGAGACACUGAGAAGAGUUAUGCAAUUGACAGCAGCUUGUUGUCACAACUGACGAAGAGCAAGGAGAAAACAGCUGAUCCAGUGGCACGUGACACCCAAAGUGUCAUGCUGAAUUUGGAUACAUUGAAGGGCUUAUUAAAGAAAUCUAAUGACGGAGUUUCACUUGCGAAAUUGCUGAACAAACCAACAGAAGGUGCAGCGGCAAACACGCAGGAUGAAGACCCAGGAACCAUUGAAGAUUUUGCUGCUGGAGGAUUGAAAAAAACGAACGAGUUCAGGGCGGAACAUCAUUCUCCGCCUUUGAUUUGGUCGGACGAUUUAGCCAGCGAGGCACAGAAGAUGGCGGAGCAUUUAGCAGACCUCAAGUCGUUGGAAAUAUCCAAUGACUUGGAAAAGAAGGGUUACGGGGAAAAUGUAGCAAAAGUCUGGGCGAACUUCAAGACCGCUGGCGAAGCUGCGACAAAUAUGUGGUACCACCAAAGCGAAAACUAUCAUUUCGAUGAUCCGCAUUUAGACCAGAACACAGGACAAUUCGCGCAGCUCAUUUGGAAGGACUCGAAAGAGCUUGGAAUGGGAGUUGCAAAAAGUAUCGACGAUAUAAACAAUAAGUACGUAUAUGUCGUUGCGCUGUAUCGCCCACCUGGCAACAUCGAAACCACGUUACGAGAGAACGUGUUAAAGAGGGGAAAUGAUACGACAGAUGUAUACUCUACUUUCUUUAAACGAUCGCAGCAAAUAAAGGAAAGCGCAGUGCUGUUGCCUAAACACGAAGGAAAAUCAAAUGAUAACAACUAGCUCAACGUACAGCUUUAUAUUCGUAGUAACAUGGAACUAGAACAUGGUAGUAACAAAACCGCAAGAACCAUGGACUAGCAGUGACAUUAGUUCACAAUGACGACGUACAUGUUCUGAAGCAAACAAAGGAAUGUGUGAUUAUCCAUAGUUUAUAAAUGAACAAUUACAGGGUGGCACAAUGACUGGUAACACUGCUUACAUCGUGUCUGGCAUCAUACUGCACCAUUCCCUUUCUCCAAAGCUUCCCUAGCGUUUACAAUUUUAGGGGCAGCUGUCCGUGACAACUUUCACACCAGCUGACUACUCUUUGAUAAAAACCCUUUUCCUUGUCCUUGAUAAAAAUAUUUUUUGUAUACAACAAUCAGACGGUUUUCGUCAGAAAUAAGCAUCGUGGGUGGAAAUGAAAUGGAAGCAAUUCUCAUAAAAACUGGAAAAAAAUUAUUAUAAGCAACAUAAUUCAGUAUUGGCACAAACUGAUUGCCCUUUAGACAAAUACCCUUUCCACUUUCGAGGCAGUAUUAUACGUCAGUUUACUACGAAACUGGCACUGUCAGCAUCAAGGCUUAGGUUUUGCCCCUCAUUACAACUGUCAAUACAUAAUUGACUUCAUCUCCUCUAGCUGGAACACUAUAGCGACUUCUGGGAAACAUUUGAUAUACGACAGUUUGAAGGUUAAUCGUUUUCGGGACAAGAAGUACUUUUAAGCGUAGAUUUGUAAAAUCAAUUUGACUGCAUAUUCUUUUUGUAAAUAAAUUUAUGCCACUACACUCGAAUACAACUGUCAAAGAUAUAAACCUUAAAUAUUUUUCAGUACCCUCGCGGCAAUGGCCAAUCGAGACAAAUUGAAACAAAUUUGGGAUUGUAUUAUUCGCAUUUGAGUAAAGUAUUUUUGUAAAGCAGAAUAAAACAACCAAGAUUUGAAGUAACUUGCUAUUUUUGAAAAACAUUUUACUUGUUGAUUCAACGAAAGACUGC